GAAGUCUCUUUUAAAACCCUCGCAGAUUACUUAACGUUUAUUAUUUUCUCGUAUGUUAGACGUACCUUUACCGCCUCAGCCCAAAUGCCACAUAGUUUGUGGUAAAAGUAGUACACCAGACACUAAGACGUCACGUCUAACCCGAUGUAACAAUUUUGUAGCUAUGUUUGGUCUUAAUAGCGCGUAUAGGCGUAGUUCCUUAUUUUACUUAAAAAACGAACGGUUAUUCGCAUUGUGUUGCAGAGUGUGAUUUUUUUUUCCUUUGAUACCUAAAAAUGUUCUGCCCAACUAGGUUGUAACAAACUUACAUAAUAAGGAUUUGUGACUAAUCCUUAAAGUACCUGAUGAAUAACUCACUAUCAAAAACCCACAGGAGCAGCUGAUGAACUACUAUUGUUCUCGUUUAUGAACUUGGAUGCGGAGGACAAAGCCGGUAUCACCACCCCUCAUACCUAGCGCUGAUGCUACCCUGCAAUGGUUGGCUUUGAUCCGUCAUCAAAAUCAAAAUUGGAUAGUGUUGAAUACAGUAUUGCAGGCGCUGGCAGUGGAGCAAUAACUAGAUUUUUAUGCCAGCCAUUGGAUGUCUUGAAAAUAAGAUUUCAGCUCCAAGUAGAACCAAUAUCCAAGAAGUAUGCAGGCUCAAAAUACAAGAGUGUACUACAAGCUGUUAAGUGUAUUGCCCAAGAAGAAGGCAUUUCAGCUCUGUGGAAAGGACAUAUACCAGCACAGUGCCUUUCUGUUGUGUAUGGUGUUGCUCAGUUUAUAUCAUUUGAAACAUUGACAAGUCAGUGUUGGAAAUAUUUUCCAACAGUAUACAGUGAGCACAGAGCCAUACUGCAUUUUUCCUGUGGUGCAGCAUCGGGAUGCUUUGCUACAUUAGUAUCAUUUCCUUUUGAUGUUGUUCGGACGCGUCUUGUUGCUCAAGGAGAGCCUAAGGUGUACAGAGGCAUCACGCAUGCUUUCUCAGUUAUUUAUUCAAAACAUGGAACAUUAACGUUUUUCAGGGGUCUAAGUCCAACUUUAAUCCAGAUAGCACCUCAGACUGGUGCACAAUUUGGAUUUUAUCAGGCUUUCACAAAUUUGUGGGUGAACAUUGGUGCAGGACGAGACACUAACAGGAGUACACAGAUUUGCUUGUAUGAGUCUUUGAUCUGUGGUUCCCUGGCUGGAAUUUGUGCAAAGACAUUAGUCUACCCCUUGGAUCUUGCAAAAAAAAGGUUACAGAUUCAGGGAUUUGAAACAGCAAGAAGCAGUUUUGGAAAGGUAUUUCAGUGCAACGGGUUACUCCACUGUAUAGCAACAAUAGUAAAAACAGAAGGUUCUGCAAGUCUCUUAAAAGGAUUGUGGCCAAGUCUGUUAAAAGCUGCUGCCACAACUGCUAUUCAUUUUGCUGCUUAUGAGCAGAUAUGUGCCUUCUUGCUCUCAUUUCAUCACUAGUGUGGGAUGAGGUUGAUAUAUCUCUUCUGUGAUACAUCUUCCCAUAUUUAUAUAUUGGAUCGUCAAAACUGUUUAUUAUAAACAUUAAUAUUUUACACAAAUAAUUCUACUGUAUUUGGUAUAAAAUACUAUUUAUUCUAUUGCUUUUACAAUGAGACUUAAAAACUGCAACUGAUUUUUGUAUAUUUUCUGUGACAUAUUUACUUCAGUUGUACCCUAAAGAAUUAAAACUAUUAAGCACAGUCAGAAAUAUUGUACAAAUGAUGCCACUAUUUUAGCAUACGCUACAUUAUCUUUGCUGUGAUAUCAAAACUGUAUUCAUUGUAUAAUAAUUGACGUACUUUGGAAAAAAAAAAGUGUUUCAUUCUGAGUAAGCUGUUACAGAUGUUUAUGUGCCUCUGGUACUCACUUUUUAAGCUCAUUUAUUAAUAACAAGUGUGAAAGCAUUGAGUUACUGUUUCAGGCACAGGCACAUUGGUUAUGAUUUCAAAUUGCCUUCCUGUAACUGCUAAAAUUUGUGCCUGUCCCAGGAACAGAAUGCACAUUUAUGUGAUGUGAAGAAUUAAUACAACUGAACUUUCUGGAGCACAUAGUGUGUAGUGCCUUAGAAAAGUAGCAGGCAGUACAGUUUUUCAAGAAAAACAUUCCAUGAAGAACCUAAGCACCAAAUGUAUGUUACAUGUUUCUUUCAUUCUCUGUGUUGAUGCUGUUGAAGUACACAAGGUUUCCAAAUUAACAAGUCUCAUAAAGAGAUUUAAAAACUGACUCUCAGUAGCAAGGAACUGAAAAGCAAUUAUCUGAGGCAAAGGAUUAGGGUAAUGCAGAAAUGAAGAAAUGAUUUGAAUGUGAGGAUGAGGGGAGGUUGCCAGUGAUACGACAUUUUUAUUUUAAAAAUAUGUGUGGUGCAAAAUAUAUGCUUAUGUCUCUUAUAUGUAAGUGAAGGUUUCAUAAAGAGUUUUCUUUACUUUUUAUAGUCAUUUCUAAGCAAAUUACAUUUGAGUCAGAAUAUAAAUAUUUAAGUUAUAUUUUCUUAUCAAAAUAUUUUUGUAAGUACCCAUAAUGACCACUUUAUUAACAAGUUUUGAGACUUUUUUUUUUAGAAAAGUAGUGAUUAUGUAGGUCUCGUUAGCUGUAAUAUGUGAAACUAAAAAUAGUCUGUGAAAAAGCAAUCCCUCAAAAAUAAAAAAUAAAAAAUUCCUUAGGACAGAUAACAUCAGACUACUGACCAGAAAAAUGUAUAUGAAAUGUAUUUACAGAAUUACUAUGAAGCUGCAAAAUUUCCUGUUUUUCUAUGUUUCAUGACUACUGUAUGCUCUGUGUCUUUCAUCUGUUUAAAAGUGAAGUUAUAUUUGGCUGUUUUGCAAAGUAGUAGUAAGGGAGUCUUAUAUCACGUAAUAUUAUUAUUCUUCUUUUUUCUAUAAAAAAUGUCUUAAAAUCGCAGUAUUUUCUUGUGUUAAUUUUAUUGCAUUUAAUUUAACAUUUGUAGAAACACAAAAAUACACAUUUUUAACAAUGAAUAACUAUUAACAGUAGGAAAAAGUACCUACAUCUACAUGUGAAACUUAUUUGUACAGAUAGCAGCACUGGUAAUAUUGUUUGAACAUAAACUCAAAACAUUUGUAAUAGCUUAAGCCAGUUAUAACACCACUUUUAACUAUUUCAAAUCUAGGAUGUGUGCUGCUUUCUCCUGGACUACUGAACUAAUUCUGUGAGAGCAAUGUUAAUGUGAAGUCCAAUGCUUAUAACUUUACAGUUAAGAUCAAUUAAAAUUUCUUUAAUAGCAGCUGCCUUUUUCCAUUUGCAAGCAUUUCCACAUUAGGCACUUGAGAUACAUCAGUGUUUUCUCAUAAACGUAUUGCCAUAGAAUAACAGUCAGUAACAUCAUUAAUUUUCACUCCUACAGUUCAAAUUGCCCCUAUAGAGAUUAUCAUGCCCAGUAUAAUCCCAAAAUUCAAUAAAUACCAGCUAAUGCUUCAGGCUAACAAAUAAUUUCACACAUUGGCUUUUAAUGUCACAGUCUGAAAUGCGUUAACAGAAAUUCUCAUCAAAGCUACACUUUUUCUGAAUAAGACAUAAUCUCCUCAUAUAUCUUGCAAGUCUUCAUUUAUAACAUGCAACAGAUGUGCUGUAACUGCUUUGCUGGGGAUAAAUGUUUUCAACAGAAAAUAAUUCAAAAGUGAACAUAAUUACAAAAUAUUAAUUUUGAAGUUUUUUUAGCGGAAAUAAUGUUCUUGAAAUUUGGUGGGUUUGUUGAAAAUAACAAAUGUUGACCAGAACUCAUCUUCAUUUCAUUACUUCCUGUUUCCUAUGAUAAAACAGGCCAGAGAACAUCGUAGCACUAAAAUGAUGUGAAACGUCAGUUAUACUUUCAGGUGUAUAAUUUAUUAUGUCUCAAAAUAUUACAUCAUACUGGGGUUCCCACACAAUUUCUUGCAUAUCUUACAUGUUCUUGUUAACAAUUGAUUUAUUGUUGUAUUUAGUAAAUAUGCUAAUUGCAAGUACAAAAGUUGUUGAUAAUUACAAAAAAAAAAAUGUUAUCAGCUGGUGGUUACAACUGAAAUGCAUGAAACGUGAUACAAAGACAGUUACAUAUCUUUUGUGUUCACUGAAAAAUGAGUGAAAUGAUAUGAGUACACAAUUCCCAAUGUGCCUCCUGUUACAAGUUUGAGU